AUGUGUACUCUGUGCCUUGAGGGGCAAAGCCUUCCCACAAAACCAGUGUUAACCAUGCAUCACUGGAGCUCCUGCAUGUCUAAAUAUUCCACAACCUCUCUCCUCUCUCAGACUUCUCAGUCUCUGUUCACACUUUAUGUAGUGUCAUCUAGUAUGGAAAGGAGGCAACAAUGGCUCUCCCGACUGAAGAGUGAAUUCGGCAACAGCCCCCUGGUCUCCAACGUGGCUUUCGGCUUCAUCCUGAUGGGCUUGGAGAAGCUGGUUGAGCUGGAGUUCGAGUGUCCCUGCGACCCCAAAUGGAACGGGCUGUUUUCCUCCGCCUUCUUCGUCAUUCCUGCCAUCAUGGCCUUUAUGCUGAUGCUGAUCAUCCAGGACUGCAGGUACGAUCUGAGCGGCUGCCCCAGGACGGUGUCCAUCUCCAGCCUGGUCCCCCCCAUCGUCUGGCUGAUCCUGCUCUUCCUGGACGGACAGUACUUUGCGUGCGCGCUAACGGACUGGAGCGGCAGGUUUGUGAUUGUUGACAAGGCGGCUCCUCAGAAGUGGUGUGAGCCGCCGCAUGACGACGGCACGCUGCAGGAUCUCAUGGUGCACUCUCAGGAAUUAUUUGUGGAGUCUCAGGUGAGGAAAACACACUGGGAUCAGUUUCCCAGAUGAAGAUUAUUCCUUGUCCUGGACUAAAACACACUUUCAAUGGAGAUUUUCCAAUGAGAAUGAUUUUUAAUCAAGGACUGUGCUUAAUCUGGGUCUGGGAAACCGGCCCCUGAUAAUUAUUGUUGGUGUCUGUGCCAUUAAGCAAAGUAAAGUACUGGUAAAACAGAAAAAAAUUAUGUCAUAAACUCAAAAUAAGUGUUCAUGAUGAAUAGCUCUUGUUUUUUGUGUAUUGUGUGUAUAUACUGAACCUGCUUAUUCUUCCAUGACCCUUGAACCUUGUACAUGUGGGGUGGCAGGUAGCAUAGAGGGGUGGGCCAGACAACUGGAGAUUCGCCGGUUCGAAUCCCAGGUCCAACUGGAAACAUUUCCUAUAUACCGUAUCCUGACAUUGUGCCCUUGAGCAAUGCACUUAGGCAUUGCUGCACCGUGCUUGACCCUGUGCUUUCAUGCUAUCUGGGUGUAUGCCUUGGUUUUCCUGGGGAGGGGGGGGCGUUGACUUGUAAGCAAGAAAACACAUUUCUGUUUUCCAUGUAAUACACGGGAUACGAACCCUGGUCUCCCACGGGAGUAACCAACAUCUUAGACUAAGAGGAAAUUCCCUAUUGGCACACCCGUCGCUAUGGGCGGGCCAUAGGGGGCCGGGCCCGCCCCCCAAAAUGCUUGUGCCCCCCCCCCACUUGAGGGAAUUUAUAAUUAAAUAUACGUACUGUAGGCUAAUAAUAAUUGUGCCCUGCCCUCCCAUGCAUUUCAUAUGCCCCCCUUAAGACUGAGGUCUGGCGACGGGUCUGCCUAUUGGGCACUGGGCACACUCGUUUUGAAGUUCACAGGCAGAGUCACCUCAUCACGUGACCAUGACCGACUCAUGUCCACUACGUCCACAAGAUGUAUUUUCUUCUAAUGAAGUCUUCUUCUUCUAGGUUAUUGGUAUUGCUCUGUUGAUCUUCAUCUGUGUGGGACUCAUAGUGUACGUGAUCAGAGAGAGCUGCCAGCAGGAAGAGGAACUCCAGGAAGUCAACAACACUUACGAGAUGUAUGAGAUGACAUGA